CAAAGGUAUGAGGGUGCUGGUAGAUGCCCGAGAGAAGCUUCAUAUUCCCUGGGGAGAUAACAAAAACCAGCUCCAUGGUGACAAGUUGAUGGCAUUUGAUACCCGUGCCCCCAUGGCUGCCCAGGGGAUGGUGGAGACUCGAGUUUUUUUGCAGUAUCUUCCUGCUAUAAAAGCCUUGUGGGAUGACAGUGGUAUACAGAAUGCCUACGACCGGCGCCGGGAAUUCCAACUGGGUGAGUCUGUGAAGUAUUUCCUGGAUAACUUGGAUAAACUUGGAGUACCAGAUUACAUUCCAUCACAGCAAGAUAUUCUGCUUGCCAGGAGACCCACCAAAGGCAUCCAUGAGUACGACUUUGAAAUUAAAAAUGUUCCUUUUAAAAUGGUUGAUGUAGGUGGCCAGAGAUCAGAACGGAAACGUUGGUUUGAAUGCUUUGACAGUGUGACAUCAAUACUUUUCCUUGUGUCUUCAAGUGAAUUUGACCAGGUGCUUAUGGAGGAUCGCCUGACCAAUCGCCUUACAGAAUCUCUGAACAUAUUUGAGACAAUUGUCAAUAACCGGGUUUUCAGCAAUGUCUCUAUAAUCCUCUUCUUAAAUAAGACAGACUUGCUUGAAGAGAAAGUGCAAGUUGUGAGCAUCAAAGACUAUUUCCUAGAAUUUGAAGGGGACCCACACUGCUUAAGAGACGUCCAAAAGUUUCUGGUGGAAUGCUUCCGGGGCAAACGCCGGGACCAGCAGCAGAGGCCGUUGUACCACCACUUCACCACCGCCAUCAACACAGAGAACAUCCGCCUCGUGUUCCGAGACGUGAAGGACACGAUCCUCCACGACAACCUCAAGCAGCUCAUGCUCCAGUGA